UCUCGACAGUGCCGCGCCAGACGUCAAGGAUGGCGGACGUGAAGGGAGGGCUCUUUGCGAAAACCGUUCAGAAACAUGCAGGACGGGCGAAAGAAAAGGAACUGUACCAAGAACUUCCCGAGCUCUUCGACCAGAGGAUACCCAACGUUGCCGCGCAUCUCCAGACCCUCUUUGCCGCGGAGAGCACUUUCAUGUCCGAGUCGAGCAAGGUGGCCAAGGAGCUCGAGGCGAUUGUCGAAAAACUGAGCAAGGAGUGCGCCAAGGGGACGUACAAGACCAAAGAGAGUGGCUGCCCCCGGCCCCUGUCCAUGGCUGUCGACUCGCCCCCAUCCCACCACCAGAAAAGCCCGGGGUCGCCCUCCAUGUGAGUGUGCUAUGGGGGGGGGCUGAG